AUGAAAACUGCUUUAAAGAUCGGCUCGCUAACGGCUCUAACUCUAUUAUUUAUAUCAAUAGUGACAUUUUUUGUGCUGAAAAUCCGUCGUAUCGAUAUCAAGUAUGGUCUGAAAGAAGAUUCACGGCCAUUUGUUUUCCUUACUCAAACAGAAGAGUGUCUUCGGCCGCAACUGAUGCAAAAUAUGGGAUUAGACAAUAGCCAAAAAUGUCGAUGCGACGUGAUUGUGUUGAGUUAUCACAAGGCUUGUCAGUCGGAAUGGAAUCCGCCUCACAUAACUUACUUAUUUGAUAAAGACAGUAGUUGGAGAACUGGACGAAAUUUGCUGUACAUCCACGCAACAAUGAAAGGGAAACCACGUUACACUUACUAUAUAAUAACAGAUGAUGACGUUUUCUUAAAGUUUAACCAAGCGGCCUCGGAAGAAAUGAAACAACUCACUCCAUUGCAAGUGUUUCAAAACUGGCUUCUGGAAUACGAACCAGCUGUUGGCGUUGUCGAUUAUUCAGGAGCUAAUGAAGCACAAAAUGUGCUAAAAAAUUGUGGAAUUUAUAUAAACAACAAUUCUACUACCAAUCCAACUGUAUACUUCGAUCCUCUCUUUAACGCAUUUCAUGCAAACGCUGUUCACCAUAUAUUUCCACUGCUUAAUCAACGAGAAAACGUCUCUUGGUGGUAUACACUAAGGCAUGUUAUUUCAAAUGUGGAAUUGAAAUUCCGUGGACAAGCGCUGAUAUUUUUUCCCAUAUCAGUGGAGAACAGUUUGCAUCGCAAUUAUCCGCACACGCUAGAAAACGCUCAAGAGGCUUGGAGGGACUAUAUAGAAAACGUUCGAAUGCAAGCACCAGGAAAUUACGCCAAUCAUAGUUUAUUUAAGGAGUAUAAAAAAGAUCCAAUCCAUUACGUUGAAACGUCCCGGACGUACUGCAUGAAAGUAACUCGUCAUCGACCAAUUAUUCCAUUUGCACAUUUUGAGCUGGCAAAUGACACUACAUAA